AUGGGCAUCUCUACCGUCGAUGAAAAUACACCUCUUAUUGCCAGCCAUUCGUCUGGCAGGGAGGACAACGAACGCGGUUUUGACUACGACGCAGAAUCUGCAUACGGAACCACCUCGGAUGUCGACCAGACACCUCAGCUAGACCUUGUCAAGGUCUCGUCAGUUUGCACUGGGCCUGAGAUUGACCCAGGCCUGGACAAUGUCUCGACAGCUGCGACUGUACAUGCCGAGCGUCAACUUGACCAAGUCCCGGAGCCGUACGCAGACCACUUCAACCAUGUCACUCCAAAACAAUUCUGGCUUAUAUUUGGCGGGAUACAAAUGGGCUACUUGAUUGGAUUUUUCGACUCGACUUUCAUGGCUUCCAGCCACCCGGUCAUCACGUCUGAAUUUAAAGCGUCAAAUUCGGCAUCCUGGCUGUCGACUGCAUUCCUCCUCACGUCAACCGCGCUUUUGCCUUUGUUCGGUCGAAUUUCCGAUACAAUCGGCCGGAAACCUGUGUAUAUAUUUUCCAUUGUCGUGUUCUUCUUCACAACUGCCUGGUGUGCUCUGGCUCAGAGUAUCGGCAGUUUCAUUGCCGCUCGGGCCUUUUGUGGACUCGGCGCUGGUGGCGUCUUUUCCAUGGGUAUGAUUCUUUGUAGCGAUCUUGUGCGCUUGAAAUAUCGCGGGAUCUACCAAUCCUAUAUCAACCUCUCGCUUGGUGUUGGCGGUGCAAUGGGGUUUGCUGGAGGCGGCUUGCUCUGUGAUUAUCUUGGUUGGCGCGGGGCCUUUGGCAUACAGCUGCCCUUUAUCUUCGUUUAUCUUCUCAUUGCUAUAUGGACAACGCCCGAUGACCUGGGUCGCAUUGGCCCGAAGAACGAGAAUCUGAGUCCCUUACAGUUUCUAAAGCGUAUCGACUUGACAGGCUCUUUUUUGCUUACUGUCGGUGUAACUGCUUUAAUCAUUGGUAUCAAUCUUGGAGGAAAUGUUUUCUCAUGGACGCACCCACUUGUUAUUUUCUCUUUGGUCCUUGCUGUGGUGAUCGCAGUUAUCUUCCCGAUUUAUGAGUCCAGCGUGGAACGCCCAGUGAUGCCGGUCAAACUCUUGACCAAGAGGCCACAUGCAGAGAUCAUGUUUGGUAACUUUUUCGGUUCGUUGUCUAUAAACACCGUGUUGUUCAAUAUCCCACUCUUCUUCCAGGCCGUCAAACUUGAAUCUGCGACUGACUCUGGCCUCCACCUGCUCGCUGCGAGUUUGACAAUCACUUGCUCCAGUGUGGCGACUGGGUUUUUGAUGACUUGGCUCGGCAAGAUGAAGCCAUUCACCAUUAUUGGUAGCAUGUUACUUGUUACCGGAGGAAUCACCACUACGCUUCUUACUGUUUUCGACCCUCCGUAUGCUCUCACAUUGAUGUUCUUGUCUCUCUCAAGUUGCGGUCAAGGUUUCUCAUUCCCGGCGUUUACGGUUAGCAUUCUUGCGGUGAAUAAACAAGAAGAGCAAGCCGCGUGCGUCACUACAUUGAGUCUGUGGAGGAAUCUUGGGUCCGUCCUGGGCGUUGCAGUAAGCAGCUUGAUCCUGCAAAACUCGCUUCGCAUCCGCCUCGAGAAUACUGUUACUGGGCCAGACAAGGAUAAAAUCAUUCUGCUGGCUCGCAAAUCCAUCGAGGCGAUAUCUACUCUGGAUCCUGUACACCAGAAGCAGGUCAUUCAAGCCUACAACAGCUCGCUUCGUUUUACUUUUCUCUCAGCUGCGUUUUGGGCAUCAAUCAUGUUGGUUCUUACCUUGAUUAUUAGACUUCCCACAUUACGACACGCAGAAAAGAGACAGUCUGAAGAAGAAGCCGACCAAUAA